UCUGCUGUGUGUGGAUUACAAGCUUCUGUCCAGGGUCCUCGCCUCCAGGCUGAGGGGAGCUAUGGAGCAGGUCCUCCAUCGGGACCAGACCUACUGUGUGCCCGGCAGGUCCAUGGUGGACAACGUCCACCUCAUUCGGGACGUUUUGGAGGUCUCCAGCUCGUUGGCAGUUGGUGGAUGCAGUGGGGCCGACGCUGAGCGACCCCCCGGCCCUGGGCUCCCUGCUGGGGAUGCAUUCCGACCGGGUGGCGAGGAGGCUCCUGGAGCUGUGGAGGCAGAGGCUGACCGGGUUGGAGAGGAGCCUCCUCAACGACUACAGCCAGCAGAGAACAGAGCCAGACCCUGCAGACCCCUUCCCAAACAUCUCCCUCAGCCCGGGGCUAGGGGGACUCACCGGCCCCCUGCUAAGGACAACCCACCCAGAAAACUGCACACUGAACAAAGCAGACAAGAAGACUUUGUAUUUUAACCUCGUGAAGAGCAUGAACAGGUCCAGACUGUGCAACAGACCGCCCACUGUGUGGUCAGAGAGACUUGGGCAUGGAGGCCCUGGCCCGCAGUGGGGGGUCCUAUACAAGCCUCCCCUGAAGAAAAGGACCGCUGACCUCCAGUGGCGGAUUUUACACGGUGCUGUCGCGUCCAACGC